AUGGCCAUCAUCCGUCAGUCUGAAGGCCCAUGGGCCUCACCCCUUCACAUGGUCUCACUGGCCGCCAUUGGUGACUGGCGCCCCUGCGGUGAUUACAGGGCCCUAAACAACGUCACUGUCCCGGAACGCUACCUUGUCCCACAUCUUCAGGAUUUUGCCGGCGUCCUAUUCGGCAAGUCUGUAUUCUCGUAGAUCGAUCUGGUCCCUGCCUUCCAACAGAUUCCCAUCGCCCCAGAGGACGUUUCGAAGACAGCCAGCACCACCCCCUAUGGCCUCCUUGAGUUCCUGUGCAUGCCGUUUGGACGUCGCAACGCCUCCCAGGCCUUCCAAAGAUUCGUAGACAGAGUGCUUCGCGGCCUGCCAUUUGUAUACGCCUACAUCGACGACCUUCUGGUAGCUAGCUCCACCACCGAAGAACACAUGGAGCAUCUUGCAACGGUGUUUGACCACCUUCAGCAGUUCGGUGUUGUUCUCAACCCGUCCAAGUGCGUCUUCGGUGCCCCCUCGCCAGAAUUCCUCGGUCAUCUGGUUGACAUCCCAGCGAAGGUUGCAGCCAUCCGUGAUUUUCCGCCUCCCUUAUCCAAACCUCAGCUGCAGUGA